AUGCCUCGUGUCUCAAAGACAAAGGCACCAGUUGUCGCAACACCCAGACGCGCAACUCGCAGCACCGUCCGCGCCGGCAGUGCCAGUCUCGAAGAACCCAUCGAGGUUCCAGCUCCCAGAAGACGCGGCUCGCGCUCAAAGACGCCUGAGUCCAAGAUCCCGUCGUUCGAGAAGUUGCAACCCGAGCAGCACCUGCCCGCUCUCGCCGAGGAAGAAGUCGAACAAUCUCCUCGCAUCCUUCUGCCACAACCUAUCGACGUCGCUCCCAUCGUCGACGCGUCUCCAUACGUCACACCUCAGCACUACCACAUCGCUGCCACGCGCAACUUGCUCUACACACCACCUGCUGCCGCUCAGAGCCCUCGCAGCUCGCCUGCUGUCGCUCAGAGCAUCUACAAUUCUCCUGCCGGCGCACAGAGCAUCCACAACUCGCCUACCGUCAGCCAGCUCAUCCAGCAGUCGCCUAUCUCGAGCAAGAGCCUCCACAACUCCUCUGCCACCACUCAGAGCGUGCGCAGCUCGGCUACUGUGAGUCGCAGUGUCCAACAGUCGCCGACUGUCACCAAGACUGUUCAACAGACCAUCGAGAUCUACAGUGACGGCGAGGACGAGGCCCAAGACGAGUACCAACUGCCAUACGACAACGACGUCGCCGAGGACGACCAAGAAGACGAAGAAGCUGUCCAGGAGGCUGCUGCAUCACAGCUUGCCCAAGAGACGGCCGAGGCUGGUUUGUCACAUUCUCAUCCUACUUCCCCUGUUUUGUUCAAGUCUCCCACCACUGUUUCGAGCAUCGCCGGUCACUCUUCCCUCAAGAGAAGACGUUCCGCUAGAAGCGACGGCUUCCCUCGCACCCCUAAGCUCCCCAAGAUUCGUGGAGUUCCAGCAUUUGACAGCCCAUUGAGCGACAUCACUGGCAACUCUAUCAAUUGGAGAGAAUACUUCAACUCUUCGGUCUUCAAAUCAUCCUCACCUGCUCCCCAACUCACUACACCUCUUGCUGUUGAGCUGAUGGGACGUGCAAUGAACAACGAAGAGAUCAUCCCAGAGCUGACCGAUCGUCAAUCUACAGCGGUCCUCUUGAACAUGCGCAAAGAGAUCAUGCGUCUGCGCAAGAUUGAGGAGCAGUUCCUCGCCUCCAAGCAGCCCCAGUCUGCCGCCAAACCACCUCAGUCGCCUGCCGUCCAAGAACAAUCAUCACCAGAGAUUCCUCGCACCAUCAGCCGCCUUGGAGAUCUUCGUUACCAAAGAACCAUCGCCACACCUGCCAGAAAGAGACUUUUGGCACAGCGCGAGGCUGAGAAGGCCGAGAAGGCUGCUGCUGCCGCCGCCGCAGCAGCAGAAGCUGAGAGGAUUAGCGAGGAGGAAGAGCAGAACGACCAGACUCCUUCGCGCUCUGGUCCAUCAUCAACUUCGCGUUCAAGCCUGUCUUUGGGAAACAGCAGGCGCAAGGCAUCUCAGCACAGCACUCCUGAGGCACAAACUCCUCAGCCAUCAUCACAAAACUCGGCACCACCUGAGACACCAGCCGCUUCUCCAGCAUGGGGCCUUACUUCUCUCUUCGGCUCGGUCAAGAACAUCUUCACCCACCGCCCAAACUUUUCGCCCAUCAAGCAAAUCCAGGAGCAGCCUCAAGAGCAGAACGAGCAGCAGCCUAUGCCUCAGUCUCAACAACCAGCUCAGCAGCACAAGUUCAAUCCUUCGCCACUCAAGAACACAAGAAGUCUUCUCUCUUCGUCGCAGCAAAGCCCUACCCCAAAGCCCAGAGCACCUGCUCCACCAGCCACACCUGCACCUAUCAUUGAGGAAGUCGAAGAUGAUGGUCUCUACGGCCAAACACGCAGAAAAGAACGCCGUCGCGGCUACUUGCCCGAUUCUCAGCGCAGAAAGCGUGACACUCCUGCUGCUAAGCCAAAGGAGCCCAACGCAGAUUUCAGAGCAUCGCAACUCGCACUGGGAGCUCAGAGAACAGCUGAGCGCGAGCAAGCUCAAGAGAAGGCUGACCGACUCGAGCGCGAGCGUCUUGCAAUUGUGGAAGAGCUGAAGCUGCGUGACUCGGCUUACAACGUUGGCGACAAGAGAAAGAUGCAAGUCAACGUCGACGACCUCGCAGUCAUCCCCAGAAAGGCAGCAGGCGCAAGCUCGGGAACAUAUGGUCUUAUGGACGACUUCUUCCAGUACGAUGAUGAUAGUGACAUUGUCGAGAUGGAUGAGGAUGAGGUUCAGCUGCUCCCAGUUUCCGAACACCCUACCAAGAGAAUCAGACUUGAUGACAACGUCUUCCAGCCAAAGACGCCUACACCUGCACUUCAACCCAUUACCACCAGCCCUGUCAAGCAGGCAGCAGCACCACAACACCAACAGCCAACAAGUUCUGCAGCAUCUGCUCUGAACUACUCGGAACUCACUCAACAAGCCAUCGAAAGGCAGCGUCAGAAACUCAAUCUGCACAACCCCAAGCAGCCAUCGCGUCUGCGCAAUGUUGAACGCCUUUCGACUGGCAGCACUGUUGGCGCUUCUUCACCACAGCAGCCUAUCACCGCACCUCUUCAGAACACCCAGGAGGUCGCUGCUUCGGUCCAAGAGACCCAAGAACUUGCUCGAGUUGCUGAGCUGCCUCAAGCACCUGCUCCUAGGGUUAUCAACUGGCCCGAACUUGGACCGCCCAUGAUGUCACCUGAGAGCUUCGCCAGAGCUGAGAAAAUCUACACACCUGAGUUGAGGGCACUCGAUCAUGAAUUCUACAUGAAAGGUUUCGAGAACGCCAUGAACAAAUCGAUCGAAGCCGAAAACAAAGCCUUGGCCAACAAGAUCGCAUCUCAGAGAGAGUUUUCCUAG